CGUGUCGCGUUUUGAUUACGUCACUAAGCGCGUCACCACAGCACACGAGGGGAAAAAAGGAGCAAGUAGCACUCAGAUCUGUGAUCUCAGAUUUAAACCAUGGGGAAGCAGAAAACCAAGAAGUUUGCUGCAAUGAAGCGAAUGAUCAAUCUGAAAGAUAAUAGAAUAAAAGAGAAAGACCGGUCUAAAGCAAAAGAGAAAAAGAAGAAAGAUCCCUCAGCGCUUAAGGAGAGAGAAGUGACAAAGUACCCCUCAUGCUUGUUCUUCCAGUACAAUACUCAGCUUGGUCCACCAUACCACGUUAUAGUAGACACCAAUUUCAUCAACUUCUCCAUCAAGGCCAAACUGGACAUUGUUCAGUCUAUGAUGGACUGCCUGUAUGCGAAAUGUAUCCCAUGUAUCACAGACUGUGUGAUGGCUGAGAUUGAAAAGCUCGGAAUGAAGUACAGAGUUGCACUCAGGAUAGCCAAGGAUCCGAGGUUUGAGCGCUUGCCGUGCACACACAAGGGGACAUAUGCCGAUGACUGUUUAGUCCAAAGGGUCACACAGCAUAAGUGUUACAUCCUGGCUACUGUGGACAGAGAUCUGAAGAGAAGAAUCAGGAAGAUCCCCGGUGUGCCCAUCAUGUACAUCUCAAACCACAGGUACAAUAUUGAGCGGAUGCCUGAUGACUAUGGUGCGCCAAGGUUUUAACAUUUCUACAGCUGAACUACACCUGUAAAUAGACAAAGUUUCCUGUGUAAUAUGACUUUCCUUUUAUGUACAUCAAAAAUAGUGUGAGGUUUGAUUUGGUGGGGAUGAGCUGUGUUUGAUCUAACAGCAAAUUACUUGUUUUGUUUUUCUUUAUGAAACUUUUUGUUACAAGAAUAAAUGAACUUGUCGCAUUG